UAUUUACCCCUUUUUAAAAGAAAGAAACAAGUCAGAGACGCAGAAGAGCAAACCCUAAUUUCUUCCGAACAUGCAGUCAAUUCUGAGAUCCCUUAUGGCGCAGGGUCACUUCUACCGAGGUGGGAGAUCAGCGGUGGUGUCUCGCCAAUCCCGCAAUUUCUGCUCUAGCCCUGAUAGCAUCACUGAUGGUAUAGAGUCGGCUAUUCGAAAGUGGAGGAUAGUUCGUCCAGUUGUAGGAUUGGCUUGGGGAGUUGUCGUAGGUUAUCUCACGUUUGGCGGUAGAGCAUCGGAAAUUAGAGAGCUUCGGCUCAAGGCACUGAAGGAGGCUAACGAGUUCUACAAACGAUCGGAAAAGAGGUGGUCUGAAUUGAAGGAGGCUGGCGAAUUCUAUGAACGAUGGGACAAGGCGUUGUCUGAAUUGUUGGGGUCUGCUCGUAAACACUAAUUAUCUUUAUAAAGUAUUUGGUUAUUAUGGAGCGAUACUUUUUCCGAAAAUGUUCUUGUGUGGGUUAACUUUUGUUCGUAACAAUAUUUUCGUUAUUGUUAACAUCAUAAUUUCGUAAUGAAAAAACCAAAAGAAAUAUAUGUUUCCGAGAGAUGGGGCCUAAUGCUAAACAUCGCCUUGG